GAUAUCAAGUUAUCUCUACAAGCCUCAAAGACGGAGGUGAAUCAUUUAAAAGAGCUUCUAGAUAAGGAAUCUAAUGUAUGCAAUGCUCUUAAAUCAGAGCUGCAGAAGACAGUAGAGGAACUUCAAAGAGUAAACAGUACUACUGCUUCGCUAAUGGAAGAGCGUGAAGAGAUUGCCGCACAAUUACGACUUGCGCAGAGUGACGCCACUGCAAUAUCGCAGGCGGCACGUGUGCGUCAGUCGGAGUUGCAGUCGGAGGCACUGGCGGCAACUGUGCGGGAACACCGUGCGUUAACUCUCGCUGCGGCGCUGGAGCGAUCUCUCUUACUUGCGGUCUCCAAUAAGGCGGAGUGCACCGCCCGACUGCGGCUUCUCACAAUGAAAACAGAAGAAGAAAAUACGAAUUCCAAUGAAGUCUAUGAACUCUAUGAAAGACGAUUGAAAGAGCAGUUGUUAGCAUCUAUGGCACUUAUCGCCCGCAAUGCCUCCCACAUGUUGGCACGUCGUUAUUUAUCACAUUGGGGUCGUGUGUGUUAUUUGACGCGCUGUCAACGAAUGGCACGUCUGCAGCGUGAGAACAGAGAACGGCAGCGGGAACUCACACUGUGGUGUGAACAUCUUUCUCUCGCUAACAGCGGCGGUAUAUGGGGAGAUGCGGGAGAGCAGGCAGCGGCAGCAGCCGUAGGGAAUAUACACAGUACGGCCACCACACGAACAAGAACUCCUCUUGCCAUAACUGGUACUACUAAUACUAAUACUAUUAAUACUAAUAAUAAUACUAUUAAUACUACUAGAGCAAUAUCAGAGAGAAGGAAUCGUAGUAGUACUACUGCUGCUAGUGGUUCUCGUACAGUUGUGGAUACCGCAGAAACGGACACCGUGACACAGUUAGACGCAAAAGAUGCUCAUUCACUGCUGGACUUGAGAUGUAUGUUGACAAGAGAGCGUGAAAUAACUGCGAAACUUAUAUUGGAGCGUAAUGCAUUGCGGGAGGCAUUGCGGGAUAGCACGGCAGUCAAUACUGAACUGCUCCAGCAGCUGGAAAGUAAACUCGAGUCAACGUCUCACCCAGCGGCGGUGUAG